AUGGUGUAUUUUGUCAAUGAUGAAGUGAAUAAAGAUUGGAGUGUUGUCGUGCAUUUGAAGCCAAGAGACUCAUAUGAUAUGGGGGGAAAUGAAGAUGAUGAAGCAUGCAAGAAUGAGCCAUGGUUAGAGCAAAACUUGAAUUCUUUAUUUGAAAAUGGUGAUAAUCUAUCAGAUGAGAGGUACAAAAAUCUACUUAACGUAGCAGCAGCUGCAAAUUCUUCACAAGACAAGUUAAUAGCAGCUACAAAUUCAUCCCGAGACAAGUCGGCAGCUUCAAAUGCAUCACAAGUCAAGUCCAUAGCAACUGCAAAUUCCUCCCGAGUCACAUUGGCAGCAGCUGCAAAUUUCUGCCGACACAAGUUGACAACAGGUGCAAAUUUCUCCCGAGAUAAGUUGACAGCAGCUGCAAAUUCCUCUCGAGACAAGUCGACAGCUUCAAAUUCCUCCCGAGACAAGUUGGCAGCAGUUGCAAGUUCCUCCCGAGACAAGUCAGCAACUUCAAAUUCUUCUGAGCCAUCAUCAGUUGCUUCAACUAUUUCUAAUCAUCCAUCCGAACCUAAACGUAAACGUGGACGUGAAUCAAAUCAUUAUUGGACUGUUGAUGCCAUAGAAGAAUAUGAAGAUCGUACAUGCCUUCAUUUAUUAGUGAAGAAUGUGCAUAAUUUGUCAAAAGGUUUGCGCAUAGUUGUCAAUUUUGAUAAACAGCAUGCAGCAAUAGGAGAAGCAGCCGGACUCCUUGCAGGAGUUUGUGGACAAUUGGCCACUGAUUGUGUAGCAUUUCUAAUCAGUUUUGAUAAGUGGUCAGACAUUCCAAAGAGCUUUUUUGAAAAUCAAUGGAAAAUUUUUUCCCUAGCUCGAUUUUGCUUCAAACUGAGUGAUAACUUGGCCAAACAAUUUCUGCUCCAAUCGCUUGGCGAAAAAUGGAGGGAACAUAGGAUAAAGCUUUGGAAUGAGUUUUAUGAUCCGAGGUUGAGUAAAACUGAGAUCAUAAAUAAUACACUAGAAGAUAUUGCUCCUGAUCAAUGGGCUUUAUUCGUAAAAUAUCGUUUGAAGCCUGAAACUCAGAAUCUUUGUAAGAGAAAUGAAGAAAUUUGGCAAAAACAAAUAAUUCCUCAUACUUCAGGUGUUAAAUCAAUUGCAAGAAGAAGGGUUGAAUUGGAGAAGAUUGAAGCAUAUAGUAGUCAACAAGCGGUGGAAUCAACCGUUAAUUCCCCUCUUGAUGCUCUUGGAGUAGUUCUUAGGAGAGAGCACCCCGGUGGUGUUCGUGGUUUAGGCAUGGGAGCUGUUCCAACAGUUGCUUUCAAGAACAACACUACAAAGAUUAAUUAG